ACAUUAAAUCUACAUUUUAUUUAUUAAAUGCAAAUAUCAUGUUGAAAAUAUAUACGAUACCAAUAAUGUUAGAAAUAGAAGAUAUUCACAUCUGAAAGUCUUUGGUUAGAUCAGUGACAUGUAUUAUGGAAAUCUUACUAUAAAUAUCAAAUAUGUCUAAAAAAAUGGAUUUGAAAGCUGUAGUUGUGUCUGGAGAAGCUCCAGAGUCUGAUGACGAUGCGUCGAAUAUUGUCACUAACCUAGGAUUUCCUACUAUACGUACACCAUCAACCUACUGCGGUACUAUUAUUUCAGGCGAAGCACCAGAAUCAGAUGAUGAUCUAACAAGUUUGAGUAGUGUUAGCGGAGCAGUGGAUGCCAUGGCAUGUCCUCCUUAUACAGAUCUUAAGAUACCAAAAUCUAAGAAAAGUUCUAUCAAAUAUAAUAGUUUGCUUCACAAAAAAUUGCACGAAUGCAAUGAAACCUUGGAUAGAGACAUUUUACAAAUGACCGAGGGCGCGAUCACGACCAGUGUGCAAGAAUUGUCAGCUGUUAAUCGACAGUUGCUGAGAAGUGAAUUGGUGUUACAAGAGGCUGUAUGUCAAUUGCGUAACGCCUCCAGUCGUGUAAAGGACGCCUCCGACACUCUACAUCAACUCAUAAACGACAACUUCUUGCAUUCCGUUAAAACUUAACUUAUACCAAACUUAUUAAAUGCGUCUCUAUUCUUAAGAUAUACAUGUAGCAAUGAAUAACAGGUAUGUGCUUAGUUAUAUAUAAUGCCAUCAUUGUGGUUCCGCGCAUUAGAUGCGGGUGUUAAAAAAAAAUGCAAUUUCCUCUUUGAGAUCAAGGACGUUGUUGAGCAUUAAUCGAUCUUCCCUUUAACUGGCAGUACUAUUUAAUGUGUUCUUAUACUUUCCAACGCUCGUUUGUUUCGAGAA